AUGGACUUUACCAAGCAAUCAGAUGCUAGCGUGCCUGCCAUAUUGGACGAUCAGUUUGCCGAUGUUACUACUGCGUUUAAAAACAGCGGGAUUUUGACAAGUGAGCUUUUGAUCCGCUCAGCGGAGUCUUUAGCACGCAGUACGGGCAUUUCAGAGGAUCGUGUUAGAACGUUUGUUGCACAGUACAAGCAGGAAUGCUGGUCAGUGAUGGAUCAGGACAAAACCUUACAGAAUUUGUAUGAGAAUAGCAUGAAAAAAGAUGCUCACGUGAGCUUUACCACCGGAGAUGAUGAACUAGACUCGUGUCUAAAUGGAGGAAUCCCGUGUGGAUAUCUGAUAGAAGUGAGCGGCAGUUCUUCCACCGGGAAAUCCAAUCUGUUGAUGAGUCUUGCCGCGACGAUUCAGCUUCCUGUCGAGUUUGGAGGACUUGGCAAGUCUGUUUUUGAGAAGGAAAAGCACCAAACGGUAAAGACGAUGUACAUCAGCACGGAAUCCUCGUUAAGCACGCGCAGAUUGGAGCAAAUUAUGAACUAUUAUCGGGAUUUGAUGCAGGGGAACGGCAUCGAGGACCCGGAGAUGCUUCCAAGCAUGGAAAAUGUGCUCACUACUUCAUUUCCCAUAGCAGAUUUGGAAUCUCAAGACAGAUGCCUCUUCUACCAACUUCCAGCCAUGCUGGAGCGCGAUCCGGGGAUUAAGCUUGUUGUCAUCGAUUCUAUCACGCAUCAUGUGCGGGCAGAACGUCGGUUUUGGGACAGGGAUACGUAUAUCACGCAAACUUGUACGUUUCUUAAACAGCUGAGUCUCAAACAUGGAAUUACAAUUAUCGUGAGUAACCAGAUGACGGACAAACCACCGACGGGGAUAUUUUCGUCGCGGAACGACGUGCUUUACAAGAUGAACGUGGACUAUCAGAUGAGCUGGUUGGUCGGCUGGAACGACCUAGGUGUUAUAUAUAGACAGCUGAUGAUCCGAAGACGGAAAAAGCGGCCUUGGGAGAUUAAAACUGGCGAAGAAGCUGCAAUAGACAGCUAUGAUGGUAUAAGAUAUCCGGAAGAGCAGGCAGAUGGAGACGAAGAAGCGACAAACGAACAUGUGGAUGAUGCAAAUGGUACAAGUAUCUCAGUAAAAGAGCAAUUGCGCUCAGAGAGAAGGCAACUGUUUGAAUCCAAGUACAAAAGGGAGCUGUCGCAUAUCAGGACGAUUCCUGCAUUGGGGAUGCCGCUAUUGAACGUGAUAGACUGCCGGAUUAUGCUCAGGAAGCGGUCAAUUCCGAUCUUAAAUGAGGAUUUGAUAGAUGAAUUCAGUGUUGAUCUUGGGAUUGACACCAGUGCUUUGAGGAGCUCAGAAUCAGCUUCGCAGACACAGGAAGAUGCCAAAGACGGGCAAAAGCAGCCCAGCUUUGCCGAUAUGUUGGCGUCCAACGAGUAUUUGGCACACAACUUUGAGACUGAGCGUUUUAUGGAUGUCGUUUUCAGUCCAUUGGUGGCAUCUGGACAGAGGAAAGUGUGCAAGUUCGAGAUAUGGAAGGGUGGUAUACGGCACGGUUGA